GAGGAGUGCUUUAAAGACGGGACAUUUCUUUCUUUGAGGAACAAAAUCACAGAAGGCUGAGGAAACACCAUAGGUAUGGCGAAUAAAGCACCAGAGCCCAUUUCUCUGCAUUUGGCGGAACUCACUGCCUCUCAGUUUCUGGACAUCUGGAAUAAAUUUGAUGCUGACGGCAAUGGCUGCAUUGAAGGGAAGGAACUGGAAAAUUUCAUCCGUGAGCUGGAGAUUGCACGGAAAACUGCGGAUCCUUCAAAUGCUUCAUUUAAAGACAGGAUGAAAGAGUUUAUGCAGAAAUUCGAUGAGAACGGUGAUGGGAAGAUCGAGAUGUCAGAGCUGGCCCAGAUCCUGCCGACAGAGGAGAAUUUUCUAUUGUGCUUCAGACAGUUUGUGGGAUCCAGUGCAGAGUUUAUGACGGCAUGGAGAAAAUAUGAUACCGAUCGCAGCGGAUACAUUGAAUCCAAUGAACUGAAGGGCUUCCUGUCAGAUCUGCUGAAGAAAGCCAACAGACAUUAUGAUGACAAGAAACUGAAUGAGUAUACGCAGACCAUACUUAAAAUGUUCGACCUGAAUGGCGACGGGAAACUGGGACUGUCUGAGAUGGCCAGACUGCUUCCUGUGGAAGAGAAUUUUCUGCUCAAGUUUCAGAACUUCAAACUGUCUGCUGAAGAAUUUGAAGCAAUCUUCAACUAUUACGACAAGGAUGGCAAUGGUUAUAUUGAUGAACAUGAACUGGAUGCCCUGCUGAGAGACCUCUACCAUAAACAUAAAAUGGCCGUUGACCCUCACAGCCUGUCCAGCUCAAAGAAGAGCAUCAUGGCGCUGUCUGAUGGAGGAAAGCUGUUCCGCACAGAACUGGAGAUUGUGCUAUGCAAAGAUCCAUCAGUGUGAAGCUCUGAACUCUCACUCCUCUGCCUCCUCCUCCUCCAUACCUUCACCCACCCCAAUCUAGCCAAAGCAGGUGCAUGUGGUGGCUCUGCUCCACCUCUAUCCUGUCUGAGUUAGUCAGCGUCCACAACCUACCCUCUCUCCGUGGCAUGCCUUUCCCAAAGAUAUGGAUUCUCGAUGUGUGCAUCUCUCUUUUUAUGUCAAAAUGACAUUGUGGUAUUAUAAUGGCUAUAUGGUCUCUCUCUCCUGCUCGUAUCAAAUCUUUCAUUAAGUUUGUUAUUUUAUGUACAGCGUGCAGUCUCUGCUCUCUCUCCUUUUCUCUCUCCCAUUCCUCCUUUUUUUGUUCCUAGCAAGACUGUAGACUGUUCUGAUUUGCCAACACUGAUAAAAGAAUGACUCAAAUAAAGAUCAGAAAAGACA